AUGGGUGAUUUAUCCUCGAGUUUCACUAUACCCUCAGAGUAUCAAGAUGAACUUGGAUAUGUCCACGACAUUGGCGACCGCCGUUCUGAUGCAGAGAUAUUCGAGUCACUGAGCCAGUAUUGCCCCAUCACUUCGGAAAAGACCAUAUGGGGUUUCUGGGAUGCGGGAUUCGCGGGAAUGCCGUCUUGGUGCCAGCGCAACGUCGUCGACUGGGUCCGCAUCAACCCAGGCUGGGGCGUCCGCAUCCUGGACAACCUCCCCGACUCGCCCAACUACGCGCUCCGCUACGUCGGCGCGGACCUGCUGCCCCGCGUCUUUGUCGAGCGCCGCAUGGACGGCCCGACCGUGGGCGCCCACAGCGCCGAUCUGCUCCGGGGCGCGUGUCUGUUCCAGUACGGCGGCGCCUGGCUCGACGUCGGUGCCAUUCUCAUGCGCGGCAUGGACCGCAUCUGCUGGAAGGAGCUCGAGGACCCGCAGACGCCGUUUCGGGUCGCGGCGCCCUUGAUCUUUGAUCAGUCGGCCGGGAAUCACUUUUUUGCGGCUCGCAAGGGGGAUCCGUUCAUCAAGCACUGGCAUGACUUGUUCUGUUACAUGUGGGUGGACAAGACCAAUGUCAAUGGCAUGCGGAACCACCCCAUUCUCAAGGACACGAACAAACGCAUCUUGGACCAGUACAAGGAGAUUGCACCCUAUCUCUGGGACUGGAGCGUUCCUCACGAGAAGGCUCUCGAAUACGUCACACAGGUAUCCGUUUGGGCGCACCUGUGCCACAACAAGGACACGGGCGACGGCUUCAACGCCUGCGAGUACUGGGAGAACAAUAUCUUCCUCUUCAGCUCCAAGGAGGACUGGCCGGCCGAGGAGAUGCUGGGGUACGCGGGCUCGGGGCAAAAGAUCAUGGACCUGCUCGCCCUGCGGCGCGACGCCGCCGACAGAGAUGAUGAGCAGUAUAAGACGGCCGAGAGGCUCGUCUGGACGCUGCUGGCGCGGACCUGUAUGCAAAAGGUCACGCACGCCGCGGGCAUUACGCAUUCGCCGCAUCUCGGUACCCUCUGGGAUAUGCCCGAGAACGAGGGCAAAGAUUGUGCUCCCGGCACUUUUGGUGAGCUUCUUCGUUAUGGAUCUGUGCAUUUCAGGCAGAAGAGGGUUGCCAUUGAGAGGAUUCCGGCACCGAAGCCCCAACCUGAGAAUACCUUCAAGAGGGGACUUUUCGAAGCCUGA